AUGGGUGGAGAAAUACUCACUUUACAAGCAGGCCAAUGUGGUAAUCAGGUUGGAGAACAGUUUUGGUCGCAGAUUUGCUCAGAACACGGCAUAAACAGCGAUGGAACUACCGACGAGUCUUAUCUCAGCCGUCCUAGGAACGAUCGUCCCGACAUAUUUUUUCAGAGAAAUGCUAGCAACAAGAGUUUCACACCAAGAGCCAUUCUCAUUGACUUGGAGCCAAAGGUCAUUGGAAAGAUUGCAGAAAGGUACGACGGCCUUUUCAACCCCAAAAAUAUCUUUAUGGCGUCUGAUGGUGGCGGGGCUGCCAACCGAUGGGCGGACGGGUACUUGCACGGCAAGAAGAACCUUGAGACGGUAUUGGAUAUAAUUGACAGGGAGCUGGAUGGAUGCGAUAAUCUUGAAGGUUUCCAGCUGCUCCAUUCCAUUGGCGGAGGCACUGGUUCAGGGUUUGGGUCGUUGCUAUUGGAGACUUUAAGCGACCGGUACAGCAAGAAGUUGAUACAGACGUACUCUGUGUUUGAUCGCUCAGGAAUCGUCGUGAAUCCGUACAACAGCAUAUUGACGUUGAAAAGGUUGAUCCAGAACUCAGACGCCAAUGUUGUUUUCAACAACAACUCUCUAUUAUCGAUUGCUCCCGAAAACCAACAGAUCGACGGCCCGUCUUUCGACAACAUAAACAAGCUCAUCUCAACCGUCAUGUCAGCUUCGACUAACACUUUGAGGUUCCCGUCAUACUCUUACAACUCUCUCACGAGCAUAAUAUCCACGCUGAUACCGACUCCCGACUUACACUUCAUCACUGCGAGCUACACGCCAUAUACGUUAGACUACGGAAAUUACACAGGAAAAGACAUCCGCAGAAGCACCUCUUACGACGUGAUUUUGGAGUUGCUCGAUAAGAAGUCUAACAUGUUCUGCACUGGCCAGAAAGAGGAUAAGGUGUUGGCCAUGAUGGAUGUGAUCAUCGGGUCCAAAGCACCGAUGGACAACAAGCACAAUGCGUCCAUCCAAAAGGCGUUGAUCAAGGCACGAUCUCGUAUCAACUUUGCGCCCUGGACCCCUUCGACAAUCCAUCUUGCAAUGGGCCAACGUUCGUCCUUCAGUACGGUACCGAAAGACAUCGUCAGUGGACUCAUGCUUUCUAAUUCGACCUCUGUUCUACAUGUUUUGCGGGGCAUCACCAACGACUACGACCGCUUGCGGAAAAAGAGUGCGUUCAUGAACACCUAUCUGAAGAGUGACUACGACCAGGAAUGCGGAGACAUCAUGCAGGAGUUCCAGGAGUGUAGAGAAAUUGUCGAAGCCCUCAUGGGUGAGUACCGUGCCAGCGAAACCUUGGCUUACAUGGAAGGAGGGGACGAUGACGAGGACGAGGACGAUGACGAGGAUCAGGACGGGGAAAAUAUGUCCCACGGCGGCGAUGAGGUCCUGAUGAGUGACGUCCACGACCCCGACCAUGACGUUGUCAUGGAGUAG